ACAUGAAGCAAUAACUUCAAUAUUAGUGUAAUUGAAGCCACAUUAAAUCAGCAACUUAGUGCAAACUUAACAUGCCAGCACAAUACAGUAAGUUCCUAAACGUAAACAUUUAACCGACAAUAAUAUACAGUCAUAAUAAAUUCUAUUGCUGCAUGACGUUUGUUUCCCGUUAAUCUAGUCGGGAGAUGAUUCUUUUUUCCCCCCCCCCCCAACCCAAUUUUACAAAUGUAUGUACUUUGGGGGUCACAUGAACAAGAGCAAUGUAUAAAACAACAGCAAAGAGCAGAGGUUCUUAAAAGUGUGCUUUGGUGCAGGCUCGCACUUGCGCUACAUGGAAGAAUGCCAAUUAAAUGUUCAGAACUGCGUAUUGUUCCAGGGGGUUCAACUUUUUUUAUUUGUUAUUUCCCUUCAAAUACUGUGUAUAAUCAUAAAUAAUACUUUUAUAUGAUGGUUGGUACACUUGUGCAAUCAGUUUUUUGUGUUUUUUUUAAGAAAUGUAUACCGAUCAUAAGGUUGUGGUAAUGCUCCAAAUGACUUGGUUCUCCCAGGGGAAGAGACAAUCUUGUUCACAGGGGGAAAAAAAACAAUCAUGUUUUGUUGUUUUUGCAAAUAUCACAUGCAUCAAUCGAAACUAUGGCAAUGCCAUCGUCAUGUUGUACCUACUCCAAACAUUUGGCGACCAAAUCGUGGGCACGAGCCCUGGCAUCACCAACCGGGGGGGGGGGUACGUUGACGCACUCGACACGUUUGUUCUUUGCUCGGUAGAGGACGCAAAACAAAGAAACUAAAACGUCCCUUUUGAAAUGUUUCACGUGACGCGCGCUUUGUCACGGCCUCGUGCAGCCGACAUGACACAGCUGCACCUUUUGCGCUGGUUGCCGUGUUGAAAGCCGAUUAACGUUAUAGAGAACGCGCUCAUUCUGGCGUCUGUGAGCAUUUUUUGAACGUAAAUGCGCGUUCGUUCGAGAGUGCCACGUUUUGUUCGGGACUUGCCAGGGCAAACCCGUCCGAGCGCACGAUAUACGAGCCUUCGUAUGUCGGCGGAUAAACGCCGGAUGUGGCAACCGAUCCGGCGCGGCCACGUCGCGGGUGCUUGAGAAGGCGAGGAUCUCGUUGUGUGAUGAACUAGAAUCUUCCUCUGAGGCUGACAUCUGGGCUGACCCCCGCCCUCCCCCGCCCCCUCUCCUCUCUCCCGCUUCAGCUGCAGAGCUUUGUUGUCAGUCAACCCCGUUUAGGAAUGAAGUCCAGCAUGAGGCAGUGGCGGAGGCUCGCGCUGGUGGGAAUCCUGGCCUGGGGCCUCAUCUUUCUCACCCUUUUUUCCUACUUCCUGGACGCCCGCGUCAACGAGUUGCUUACCUCCGCCGGGUCCCUGCUGUCCCAGCCCCCCGAUACCCGCCGCCUGACCUCCAUCCAGGCCUCCCGUCAGCAGAACGGCGUCGCGGCCUCCGGCUCGACCGCGACCUCGCCGGGAGAUGUGCCGGUAACGGAGCCUCGCACCGGCUCGGAGGUGAACAGCGCGGCCCACGGCAGCCAGGAGAGCAGUCGCCAAGACUACCUGGACCCGCAGACUCUGGCGGCCUGGUCUUCCUUCGGCACAGAGGAUGUGGGCUCUCACGCAGACCCGGUGGCCCAGAGUCACGAGGGGCCUUCCCAGACUGCGGGACAUCAAAACCGUGCGAGCAGCUCAAAGCCCCGUGAAGGAGAAGGGGAAGAUGAGCGAGAGAGUGCAGAUGAAGAAAAGGGGAACGAAACCAAGACCGAAGGUGUCAGGAGGGCCGCCGAUGCCUCCUCCGACUUCUCCAAGUCGCCGUCAGUGUUGAAGCACCUGUGGCAGGGCCGCUUGUCCGCCGACAUGCUGGACCCUUGGCUGCAGCAGGUCCAGAAAGGGUUCUUGAAUGCCAACAGCCAUCACGUGGCCUACAAGGGGCCCCGCCGGGCCUCUCAAAGUGCCAAGGAGCUGCUGUGUCAGAUGAAGACUCGGGCCCCGCUGAGCACGGUAGACGGGUCGGAGGAGCCGUUCUCCUCAUUGCGAUGGGCCCGCCUGGUGCCCUUUCUCCCAUUGGAGCAGCUGCACAGGUCUCGGGGCGGGAGCAGCUUCAGGACCUGCGCCGUGGUCUCCUCCGCUGGCUCCAUACUACGAUCGGGACUGGGCAGAGAGAUCGAUGCUCACGACGCUGUGAUGAGGCUCAACGCGGCGCCCACUGAGGGUUACGAGAAAGACGUGGGCAACAAGACCACCAUACGCGUCAUCAACUCAAAGGUUAUUGUCAGUCCAAAGCACCACUUCAAGACCAGUUCUCUUUACAAGAAUGUAACCUUGGUGGCCUGGGACCCUCCGCCUUACUCGCUCAACUUGCACAAGUGGUUCACCAGUCCAGACUUCAACCUGUUCGUUCCGUACAUGGACCACCGCAAGUCCCAUCCCGACCAGCCCUUCUACAUCCUCCAUCCCAGGUACCUUUGGGGCCUCUGGGAUGUGAUUCAGGGCAACACUCUGGUGAACAUCCAGCCCAACCCUCCCUCAACUGGCUUCAUAGGGAUCCUCCUGAUGAUGGCGCUGUGCGAGCAGGUGCACGUGUACGAGUUCCUCCCCUCCGCGAGGAAGACGGACCUGUGUCAUUACUACGAGCGUUACUUGGACGCGGCCUGCACGCUGGGCGCCUACCACCCGCUGUUGUACGAGAAGAGCCUCAUCCAGCGGAUCAACAGCGGCACCGAGGCCGACCUGCGCACAAAGGGACGAGUCACGCUCCCCGGCUUCCGCACCUUCGACUGCGACAUCUGAAUUGACCAGAGAUGACUCACUGAGCCCACGUUAUGUAACUCUGACCUUUUCUGGGCCCACUUCGGGUGCGGUUGCAAUAAAGCCACUGGAGAUGAGGAGGCUGCGGCGGAGGGGUGGGGGUGCAGCUGGCCUUACAAGUUUUGGAUUAGAUUGACAAAAAACACAAGCCAUAUUGCUUCAGGGUGGUGGGGGGAAUCAACAUCGAGGCUUUGGGAAGAGCUUGUUUUCAUCAAAAUGUUCUUUGGGUUUUACAGGCCGCCGGAGGGGGGGGGAAGAAAAAAAAAUGCGACAGUUUUGAAAAAGACAUAUCUCUCUGCUUUAGCUGAGCCACGUUAGCUGUGGAGCUGACUUAGCGGAGCCACAGCUUUUAAAGAGUUUUUAGGGAAUUUUCAACAAUGUUUUAAUUGGUGGAAAGUGUCUUUUUUAAUAGUCAGGGUGGUUAUCCUCUUUCACGCUUUUCUGGUAGUGGCCGAACCACUUUUGUACUCGUCAGAGGUCAUCCGGGUUGUUGUAAUUUGGCUUUGGGAUAGUGUGCACGACCAGUUCAGUCCCCCUCGAUGUGAUUUUUGACCUGAUUAUGCGGCUUGUUGCUCCACGUUAAAAAACCCCCGCAGGUUCUCCCCCUCGCCUACACAAAAAGAACAUCGCAGGUGCCUCCCUAGUUAAGUUAAUUGAGUUGACGGAGGGUUAAACGCAGCGAGGUAGGCUGAAGGAUUGUGGGUUAGUGGGUAGCUGAUGGAAAAUAUAUACAAUCAUGGAUUCAUUUCAGUACAUUUUUAUGAAUGCACGUCUCACAUCUGCUGACUUGUUUGGUAUUGACUAAUGACUUGAUUAGACUUGAGAAUGUUUGUGGUUGGAGGGUUAUAGUCCCUGUUUGAUUAAAUGACUCCUGGGUUGUGAGAAGAGGUUAUAUUAUAUUCCGUUGUCACCGAGCUAUUUAUUUACGCUAGAGAGUCCUCAAAUAUUGGUGGGGACUCGUCGUCAUCGAGGAAUGCGACCCGGUAAAACAUCAGCUUUGCUCCGUCUCUGCCUGAGGAGGUUUGAUUUAUUACGUUUUUCUGCCUGUCAACUCUGCAAUGGAGGCUAUUUUUCUCGCCCGUAAGAGAAUUUGUUUUCAAGAAAACAAAUACAUGCUGGUGUUGCGAAAUGCUACUGAGCCAAUGUCGGUUGUUUUUAUAAGAAGUGAUGUCACCUGUGUGUUUCUAUUAUUGUAAGACAAUGGCUUUGGUAGUGAAUAAGUGAUUCCAAGGUUUCCCAUAGCUAGCUUGCUCAAAUAGCGGCCCAGUAACUUUAAAGGUGUCUUGCCGGAUACCAUGCGAAUGUCGUAAACAAGUUUGAGGUUGCGAUGCUGUUGUGAUGUCCCGCAGUCACUUGCGGGCUCGCUCCACAGUGGUGUGUGCGUCUACGUUUACGCUCCCCGCAGCUUGUUUCGUUUCGUGCCGUUUUUCUCUGAAUAGUCUUUGUUUUUUUUAAAGUACAGAUGUUUAUUGUAAUAUUGAAGUAGCCUUUAUUUAAUAUGAAUAAAUUUAGACAGAAUAUUUUAUAUUAUUUUUUACAUAAGUACACGCCCCUGGGUCACUAUAUGAGAAAAUACAGUGUGAGCUCCUAAAAAAUAUAAUAAUCUAUUCGGUGACUGUUCUCUUGACUACUUCACAGUCGGACUUGGCUGUAUAGAUCAAAUCCUAUGCUGUGGUACUGUGUAUUGCAAUAUUAAAUAACCUUUAGGGACCAGCUCUAUGGAUACUUGAAACAUGAAGGUACUGCAUCACAUGGAUAUUCAAAAAUAAUGGUGAAUCUUUACUGGGAUUUAAGCAUUUCUGGCUAUGGAUGGGCCUAGUGAUUCAUGAAUGGAUUAAUUGGUAUAGUUCCGGCAAUGAUUGUUGAUUAUGUGUGACGAUUACUCUUAGCUACUUUGCUGCCUCUAGGCCAACAUGAUGGGCUCUAUUUUCACAGAGGGCGCAUCUGAGGUGGGGCGGAAAUGCCGACGGAUUCCGAUUUUCGCGCAAGCGCAAACUCGCCAAUUUGGCGGGUUCCAGCGCGGCGAGGGUGUGUCCUUGGAGAUGCGCCGAAAAUUGGUCUAAGACCACGUCUACCUGUCGGCGCGACCGCUGGCUGUAUUCUGGUCCUACAAGCGGAAUAGAUGCAAUUGUAAUUAAGAACUGUGUAUCAUUGGGGAGAUGCAGCCACUUUGAUGAAAAAAACAAAAAACAAAAUUGAAUAACUUAACUUUUCUGACUGUAAAGUUUGGACUCCUUGGCAACCAGUUCAAAACAUUCUUGGAACAAAGGGUGCAAAGAGAACUAACUUUUUAUUGAAGCAGAACAUUUCAUAGCAGAGGGAAAAUGAAGCUUUUUCAAAUUCAAUUGCUAAAGGCGAAAGUUUGGAACUGCUGCUGCUGCUGUGGAUUUGAUGUCUUGUGGCUGUGACACCCUGAAGGUGCGACGAGCCUCGAGCAUCUACUCCACAUACGUUUGUAUCGGAGCGCACACGCCAUGCAAACCGGGAUGAGGGGCUAGAAGAGUCUUCAACCUGUUUGUGCCGCACUGUGCCGCAAAUAGCAACCACUAAUGUCGUACAUGUGGUGAGAGGCUAUCAGAUGUAUUUAUUUGGUGGUCCUCCUGCUUCGGGAGGGGCCAUUUGCAUGUUUGUGGAGAGGCCAACCUAGUCCGGCAGCGGGCUAGCUCUGAGCAACUCCCGAGUAGCACUUCAUCGAAUUUCAUUCAAUUUCAUCCUAACCUCAUACAGUUGUGUGCUUAUACUCAUUUUUUUUUAAAAUGACACCUCGGCGAGUUAACUUUUUAUAUGACCUCUGAUGAAAUGUGAGGGAGGGACUGUGCACCUCAUUGCCUGUGACAACGGGCUCAUCUCAUUUCUAUAUUUGCAACUUACUAGGAGACGCGAACCGUCUGCGUGGCUGAAUUAUUACAAUCGCCACAAAUGUCCGCUUUAUGCUUUAAAGUGAAAUAUAAUCAAUACGUUUACAUCCCUCGAUUUAAGACAGCCCCUGGAUGAGACAAAUGAGACCCUCCUUAACAUGACGGCGUGAGGACCAACUUCAGGGUCGCUUUCGAUGUUGCGAGGAGCUAGGAACGUUGCAUUUAAGAGACUUGAGAUGGGCCCAACAUCUUUUUUGAUGCGUAAGGAAGAAAUGAAGCAACACCACCUCCAAUCCUAACAGCCUUAUAGGGUGUUCUUGCUGACUGGUCUGUACAUUCUCUUCUUAUUACACUUGAGAAUCAAGAUUUGAAUUUGUGAUUUAAGAUGUUCCUAAGAUGUUCCUUUUUUCUUUUACAAUGUAAAUAAAACAUUCUACGUGUCUAAA